GAAUUAGCAUAUUUGAAAGUGUAGUGGGGCGAAAUUAGAAUUUGAGGUAAAUUUUGAUUCCACUCUAAAUCAGUCUUACCAAUUUUUCACUCUUCUGCGAUUACUAGAGACGCCGGAGGGCAGCGGAAAAUCUCUAUGAUAUUGAACCUCAAAAAGAAAAGGAAAAAUGCAAAAACCGACGCCCCCGUAUUGCUCAACUCUUGAUAUUAUUCAAGAAUAAAGAUUUAUGAUGGUUUGAGUUUUCCUGCUUCAACUAAUUCCUCAGAAGGGGAAGGAAGAGAUUAAAGAUGAGUCAACAGCCAUCAGUUGUUUUGGCUACUGCAAGCUAUGAUCACACCAUCCGUUUCUGGGAAGCGAAAAGUGGGCGCUGCUAUCGAACAAUCCAGUACCCAGAAUCUCAAGUGAACAGGCUUGAGAUUACUCCAGAUAAGCGCUACCUGGCUGCAGCUGGGAAUCCGCAUAUUCGACUGUUUGAUGUCAAUUCAAACAGCCCUCAGCCCGUGAUGAGCUAUGACUCACACACUAAUAAUGUAAUGGCUGUUGGAUUUCAAUGCGAUGGAAAUUGGAUGUAUUCAGGAUCUGAAGAUGGAACUGUGAAGAUAUGGGAUUUAAGGGCACCAGGUUGCCAGAGGGAAUAUGAAAGUCGUGCAGCAGUUAACACUGUGGUUUUGCACCCAAAUCAGACUGAAUUGAUAUCCGGGGAUCAAAAUGGUAAUAUCCGCGUAUGGGAUUUAACAGCAAAUUCUUGCAGUUGUGAGUUGGUACCAGAAGUUGAUACAGCAGUACGAUCCUUGACUGUAAUGUGGGAUGGUAGCUUGGUGGUUGCAGCAAAUAACCGUGGGACAUGCUAUGUAUGGCGUCUCAUGCGAGGAACACAGACUAUGACCAACUUCGAGCCACUUCAUAAACUUCAGGCUCAUGACGAGUAUAUACUUAAAUGUUUGCUUUCGCCAGAGUUAUGUGAGCCUAAUCGGUAUUUGGCUACUGCAUCUUCGGACAACACUGUCAAAAUAUGGAACGUGGAUGGUUUUACGUUGGAAAAAACACUAGUGGGUCAUCAGCGCUGGGUUUGGGACUGUGUUUUCUCUGUCGAUGGUGCUUUUCUAAUCACAGCUUCCUCCGAUUCAACUGCAAGAUUGUGGUCCAUGGCCACCGGUGAAGAGAUCAAAGUCUACAGAGGACAUCAAAAGGCAACUGUGUGCUGUGCUCUUCAUGACGGGACUGAGCCUUCGUGAUUAACGUGGAACGACUCUCAUCCUUGCUGCAUUUCAAAUUGAAACUAUGCAGCUGCAGCUACCUCAGUCUGAUCACGUAUAUGAACAUGAUUAUGCAUCCCUUUGCUUGGCUGCACAGUGAUGAAAUCGAUAAAAAGGGCCAUUGCAAGCAUGUUGGGAGUUUUCUUGAUCGACUUUGGUUGGCAGUGUGUGAAUAUUAGUUUCUUGUAUGAUUUUCAUCACUUUCUGAAUUUCUUCUGUUGAAGUUUAGCUUAUAUUAUACGUUUUCUAGACUUCUCUUUUCUAUAAUUAGUUUGGUGGAAUCACUUUGUUGC